CACAGAUUACUCCGCAAUGCUAUUGAUCAGAAAACAUAUCCUGAAAGGCUUUGCAUUUUCAUCCCACUGCUGGAAAUUUUGGAAACGAAACACCGCCUAUCGCCUGGAGGGCGAGUCUUUAUUGUGUGGUGUGUGUACAUGUGUAUGUGCACAGCUUUUCUGGAGAUGGGGUCCAUCAUCAUUCAUCGUCAUCGCUCCCUUUUCAUAUCGUAGACCAAUUAUCGUUUCUCCUGUGUCAACAGCGGGAAAAAAAAUCAGCAACAUCUUGUCACUCUAAUCCAUUAUCAAUACUCACCUACCCACACGUGAUCCAUCUCCCCCGCCGCUUUCCCUUCUUUCUUUCGCUCUGCUUUAAAGCAUAAUUCUUCCUCACACUCUCUUCUUUUACUCUCCUUCUCCACUUUCUUACCUUCUUUUCCCUAAUGAGCCACCAUUCACAAAUCGUUUCGCAACAAGUCUUCGGCUCCAGCAAAAAGCUACAACUCGUCAACUCUUCACCAACACAAAAGCAACAGUCCAUGUCAAUUGAGGCUUUACUCGAUUCCAACGGUGACUUGUCCACUUCUACGUCUAACAGUAGGAACGAUCUCAGCAUAUCCGCCCUCACCUCCACAUCCUCCACAUCCUCUUCCUCUUCUUCUACACCACCUCCGAUGUCAUCAAAGCGACGAUGGAAUGAUAGCGAAACAAGCGACAAUAAUGAACGCAUGACCAAAUUACGAAAACAAGAGACGUACCCAGCAUAUCAACCAAUGACGACGAUCAAAUGCUUACAUGCAGCUGUUGCGCAAAAAUCGUAUGGAUCCGAGAAACGGUUCUUGUGUCCACCACCUGUAGUCAGCUUGCAAUCAAACCGCUAUGUAGACCGACACGCACACGAAAUUUCCAUGGCGAUAGUCUGUGAGAACGGCGAGCGACCGUUGGAACAGCGGGUGAUUCUUGAUGAAACACUCUCAGGCAGCUUCAAAUUUUUACACGUUACAGGCACGGCCAAGGCCAAACAAUUCUGUCUACGAGUCAGCUUAAACUUGACAACACAACGAGAAGAGGAACAACAGCCUUAUGCGACGUUUCUAUCUCAUCCGAUCUCAAUCAUCUCGAAACCAUCGAAAAAGACAGCCAAAGCACGCAACGUAUCGUCCUGCAUCCUGGCAAAUGCACCGAUUUCGCUGUUUAAUCGGAUCAACUCACAAACCGUGCGAACAAAAUACUUGACGUCAGCAGAUGAUCGAAUGUGUGCCAAAAACGCUACCUGGUCACCCUUUGACAUUGUAUUGGUGCGGCCUCCGAUGCACGGUGCUGCUGCUUCUUCCAGCACUUCAUCCUCUUCCGUCCACCCAGCAGCAGCGUCUAUGCCAGUUACGUACGGCACCGAGUUAAUGCUGAGAGAUCACAACACAGGCGUAACGUCUCCACUAUUGAUUAUACGCAAAGUCGACAAAGGCAGGAUAGCGCCAUGUGCCUUUGGUCCAGUAAGCCAAAUGCAAAAGGUGGCACUCCAGCUUGCUUCAACGGGCGGGAAGAACAAGCCCAGUAGCAAGCCCAUGUACCUCAGCGCUGCAGGCGCGACGAUGGACGGUAUUAAUUCCGAAGCCGGCGGCGAGAGUGGUGGCCAUACAAGCAGCUCUUGGAUUGACUUUGUUGAAUCACGCAUCGUUCGCGCUGAAAGGCCUAGUCUAGAAUUAGCGUAUGAAGAAGUUGACGAUUAUCUCUGUUGGACAAUUGUCGGUAUUGCACAAUUUGAAUACAGUUUCUUCGAACCUGAGUUACAACAACAGCAACAAGCAGCAGCAGAACUGUCAUCCGAGACAUCUUCUCCGUACAACCCUCAACAAACAGCAACUUCUUCAUCUCGACGCUGUAUCACGCCGUUCCCUGUUCUUUCUUCUGUUCUCUACCAACCUGCCUCGCACUCCAUCGACGUCUUUGGCGAACACUUGAUUCAAGCUGCACCCGAACCACGGAUACUUGAGUGCUGGCUAGGUCCACACGGGCCACUCGCAGCACGACAUGUCAGCUCACAGCCAGAGCAGGCGGGAUCUGCACGUCAUAGUACACACGUCACUGUCGAACUCCCAACGGCAAUGGCAUUACUUUCAUCGGCCAACUCGUCAAACGCAAAUAAUAGUACUGGACAUCCAUCGACAGCAAUGAUUCCACAACCGGGCAAUGUACGACGGCUGGAACUACCAUUAUUAUUUGCUCGUCAAGAUGGCGUUGUAUAUCAUUCGGGUAAAGCCAUCGAGUUCAGCAUUUGGUCGGUAUUACGAGAAGACAACAACAGCAACGAUCCGCAGCACGCAGCAGCAGCAGCAGCAACAACAACAGCGUCCGACCUAGCACAAGCGGUCAAAGUUUUGGACUGUCGAGCAUAACUUAACCAUUUUUUUUUGUCAUUCGUAUAUGUGCAGGUCACGUUAUAUCUUUUCUCCGUCUAUUCGCCACUUAUGCAUCAUACCCCUUGCUUUCCCUUUCAUUUCCGAUUAAAUAUCAUAUGUAACAUGUACUUUUGUUUCUGCUGUAUGAAUCACUCUCUUUGUCCGUUUGAUAAUUAGUCAUAAACAGUAAUAAAAAUAGUCUAAUGACGUGCUAGCCACUUUCAAUAGGCUUUAUAAAGACUGAGACAUUGUGUUGUUCAUGUCAUCG